UUCUUAUUGGGGGGGUUGUUAAAAAAUAAAUAUAAGAGGGCGGCCAUCUUUGUUGCUCUGCCUUAGUGUAAAAUAUUCCAAAACGCCCCCCUACUUUUCUCCCGUGCCGAUUUGAAUAUUAAAUAAAUAACACUCCAUCCGCUGCAAGAAUUACAGCUUUUUGUCUUAUUAAUUUUUUUUAAAUGUUUUUUAUUUAAACACUGCACACAAGGACGGAGGCGCCAAUGACGGCAGGAAUAUAAUAAUGUCCUCUCCUCUCCGCUCUUGCGAGGAAGACGAGGGCAUGGUGGUUAAUUCCGAGGGAGGAGAUUUUGAUGAAGACGAUGAGGACGACGGGGAGCUGGACGAGAACGCAAGCGACAUAAACUCGCCGGCGGCACCUCGGGAAACUGCAACACCACCAGCCGCGCCAGAUGACGACCCAGAGAUAUCAGACAGAGAGGUCCCGUGCAAGAAGAAGGGCCGGCCCAAGAAAAAGAAGGACACAAAGAAGAAAGAAAAGGAGGGAAAGCCGAUCAAAACAAAGAAACGCAAGAAGAUCGACAGCGAUGUAGAACGAAUUUCUGACAGAGAAAGAGACUAUGGGGAAAACUCAGACAGCGUGGCCAGCGACUAUGGCUCUGGUGAGAAAAAGAAAAAGAAGAAACACAAAGAAAGGAAGGAGAAGAAAACCAAGAAAAAGAAAAAGGAUGACGGGGACCGAGACAGCAGCCAGGAGGAAACGACAAAGCAGCCGAUAGAGCAGAAAACGUCUGCCCAGCUGGCAAAGGAGUGGGGUCUGGAGGAUGUUGAUCAUACCUUCACAGAGGACGACUACAGGGAGCUCACAAACUAUAAAGCCUUCAGCCAGUUUAUGAGGCCAAUGAUAGCCAAAAAGAACCCGAAAAUCCCCAUGUCGAAGAUGAUGACCAUCCUCGGGGCCAAGUGGAGGGAGUUCAGCUCUAACAACCCCUUCAAAGGCAACGCCGCUGCCGUCGCAGCCGCAGCUGCCGCCGCCGCCGUUGCUGUUGCCGAGCAGGUCUCUGCAGCGACCGCCUCGCCCGAACCACCGCCUCAGCUGCCACCCAUUAGAAAGGCCAAGACGAAAGAGGGCAAAGGUCCUGGAUAUAAAAAGCGUAGUAAAAGUCCUCGAGUCCCCGACAAGAAGAAAGCCAUUGCUAAGGCUAAAAAGAUGGCCCCCAUUCGUAUUAAACUAUUACCUAUAGCUGGGAAGAGGAAAAAGAGCUGCUCUAGCGAGGACAUCGAUGAGGACGAGUCUGAGCAGGAGGACUCCAGCGUUCACAGCUCCUCUGUUCGUUCCGACAGCUCCGGAAGGGUAAAAAAGAACAAACGGGGACGGCCCGCCAAGAAGAAGAAGAAAAUUCCAGGUGAGGAGGAAGGUGACGGCUAUGAGACCGAUCACCAGGACUACUGUGAGGUGUGUCAGCAGGGCGGCGAGAUCAUCCUGUGUGACACCUGUCCCCGAGCGUACCACCUUGUAUGCCUUGAGCCAGAAUUGGACAAGGCUCCCGAGGGCAAGUGGAGCUGCCCGCAUUGUGAAAAAGAAGGAAUCCAGUGGGAGGCAAAAGAUGACGACUUUGAGGAUUUUGAGGAGGACAGCGAGGACAGAGUGAUAUCCGAGGUCAGCAUAGGGGUCCCCACCAGCACAGAGGAAGAGGAGGACGACCACAUGGAGUUCUGCCGGGUGUGUAAGGACGGCGGAGAACUGCUGUGCUGCGACACGUGCACAUCCUCCUACCACAUUCACUGUCUGAACCCUCCGCUGCCCGAGAUCCCCAACGGCGAGUGGCUCUGUCCACGAUGCACGUGUCCUCCUAUCAAAGGAAGGGUUCAGAAGAUCCUCCACUGGAAAUGGGGCGAACCACCUCCUCCCAUUCCCGUCCCACCGCCUCCAGACGCACCUCCUGACGCCCCUCCGCCUCCGCCUAUGAAGGGCAGAGCUGAGAGGGAGUUUUUCGUUAAGCUGACCAACCAAUCAUACUGGCACUGUACCUGGAUCACUGAGCUGCAGCUGGAGAUCUUCCACUCAGUGAUGUACAGAAACUACCAGAGGAAGACAGAUAUGGACGAACCCCCCAGCCUGGAUUACGGGUCGGGGGCAGAGGACGAGAACGGAGGGGGUAAGAGCGAGAAGAGACGGGCCAAAGAUCCCCAGUACGCCCUGCUAGAGGAGAAGUACUACAAAUACGGCAUCAAACCGGAGUGGAUGAUGAUUCAUCGCAUCAUAAACCACAGUGUGGACAAAAAGGGGAUGUAUCACUACCUGGUAAAGUGGAAAGAUCUGACCUAUGACCAGUGUACCUGGGAAAGAGAUGACAUGGAUAUACCUGAGUUUGAACUCCACAAAGCCAACUACUGGAGACACAGGGACAGCAUCAUGAAAGAAGACCCUGAUAAACCCAGGAAGAUGACGAGCAAAGAGGGAGACGGUGAAGAGGAGUCUCCUCCUUCCCCACUCACAGAUCCAACCAUCAAAUAUGAGGAGCAGCCUGACUUUGUGACAGCGACAGGCGGCACCUUGCAUCUCUACCAGCUGGAGGGGCUCAACUGGCUUCGGUUCUCCUGGGCCCAGGGCACAGACACCAUCCUGGCAGAUGAAAUGGGCCUCGGCAAAACCAUCCAGACAAUCGUCUUUCUCUACUCGCUGUUUAAAGAGGGCCACACUAAGGGUCCUUUCCUGGUCAGUGCACCCCUUUCCACUAUCAUAAACUGGGAGAGGGAGUUUGAGAUGUGGGCUCCCGAUUUUUACGUGGUGACGUACACUGGAGACAAAGACAGCCGAGCUAUCAUCAGAGAGAAUGAGUUCACAUUCGAUGACUCCAUCAAAGCAGGAAAGAAAGCCUUCAAGCUGAAGCGCGAGGCUCCCAUUAAAUUUCACGUCCUUCUCACCUCCUAUGAGUUGGUGACUAUAGAUCAAACGGCACUGAAGUCCAUCGACUGGGCGUGUCUGGUGGUGGAUGAGGCUCAUCGCCUGAAGAACAACCAGUCCAAGUUUUUCAGGCGUCUAAAUGACUACAAAAUUGACUACAAGCUGCUGCUGACAGGAACUCCUCUACAGAACAAUCUGGAAGAGUUGUUCCAUCUGCUCAACUUCCUCACACCCAAUCGCUUUAACAACCUUGAGGGCUUCCUGGAAGAGUUCGCCGACAUCUCCAAAGAGGACCAGAUCAAAAAACUUCACGACCUCCUGGGUCCUCACAUGCUACGGAGACUCAAGGCCGACGUCUUCAAGAACAUGCCCGCUAAGACCGAGCUGAUCGUCAGAGUGGAGCUGAGCCCCAUGCAGAAGAAGUACUACAAGCUGAUUCUGACCAAGAACUUUGAGGCUUUGAACUCCAAAGGAGGAGGAAACCAGGUGUCUCUGCUCAACAUCAUGAUGGACCUGAAGAAGUGCUGCAACCACCCGUACCUCUUCCCCGUCGCCUCCAUGGAAGCCCAGAAAACCCCCAGCGGAGCGUAUGAGGGAUCAGCCCUCACAAAGGCUUCUGGGAAACUGACGCUGCUGCAGAAGAUGCUGAGGAAGCUGAAAGAACAAGGCCACAGAGUGCUGGUCUUCUCACAGAUGACUAAAAUGCUGGAUUUAUUAGAAGAUUUUCUGGACUAUGAGGGUUACAAAUAUGAGCGAAUCGACGGGGGCAUCACAGGCGCUCUGAGACAAGAAGCCAUAGACAGAUUCAAUGCUCCUGGGGCUUGCCAGUUUUGCUUCUUGCUCUCCACCCGAGCCGGAGGCUUAGGCAUAAACCUGGCCACUGCUGACACCGUCAUCAUCUUCGACUCCGACUGGAACCCCCACAACGACAUACAGGCGUUCAGCAGAGCUCAUCGCAUCGGGCAAGCCAACAAGGUGAUGAUCUACCGCUUUGUGACGCGAGCCAGCGUUGAGGAGCGCAUCACUCAGGUAGCCAAGAGGAAGAUGAUGCUGACCCAUCUGGUGGUGCGGCCGGGUCUGGGAUCCAAGGCCGGCUCCAUGACCAAGCAGGAGCUGGAUGAUAUCCUCAAGUUUGGGACGGAGGAGCUUUUCAAGGACGAAGGAGAAGGCAUGAAGAACAACGCUGGAGACAAAGUUGAGGAUGAGGGCAGCGUCAUUCAUUACGAUAGCGCUGCCAUCGAGAGGCUGCUGGACCGCAGCCAGGACGCCACAGACGACACGGACGUCCAGAACAUGAACGAGUACCUGAGCUCCUUUAAGGUUGCCCAGUACAUGGUCCGAGAGGAGGACAAGAUCGAGGAGAUCGAGCGUGAGAUCAUCAAACAGGAGGAGAACGUGGAUCCGGAUUACUGGGAGAAGCUGCUGCGGCAUCACUACGAGCAGCAGCAGGAGGACCUGGCCAGCAAACUGGGCAAAGGGAAGAGGAACCGCAAGCCUGUCAACUACAACGACGCCGCGCAGGAAGACCAAGAUAACCAGUCCGAAUAUUCGGUGGGCUCCGAGGAGGAAGACGAGGACUUCGACGAUCGGCCAGAAGGUCGGAGACAGUCGCGUCGUCAGCUGAGGAAUGAGAAGGAUAAACCGCUGCCUCCUCUUCUGGCCAGAGUGGGAGGAAACCUUGAGGUUCUGGGAUUUAACACACGGCAGCGCAAAGCUUUCCUGAAUGCGGUGAUGCGUUGGGGUAUGCCGUCUCAGGACGCUUUCUCAUCUCAGUGGCUCGUUAGGGACCUCAGGGGAAAAACUGAAAAGGAAUUCAAGGCUUACGUGUCUCUCUUUAUGCGCCACCUGUGCGAGCCGGUGGCCGACGGGGCCGAGACAUUCGCAGAUGGCGUCCCGAGGGAAGGCCUGUGCCGGCAGCUCGUCCUGACGCGUAUUGGCGUCAUGUCGCUCGUCAAGAAGAAGAUCCAAGAGUUUGAGCACAUAAACGGACGGUGGAGCCUCCCGGAGCUCAAACCUGAGGUCAGCAUUGACAAAUCCUCCUCCCGUGGUUCCUCCCCCGCUGCAAAAACCGCUACUCCCACACCCGACGCCAGUUUCAACAACACCCCAUGCACGUCCAAACCAGCGACCCCAGCUCCUUCAGAGAAGCUGGAAAAGAACGGAAAGGAGGGGGAAAAGGAGGAGGAGAAGGAAAAGGGGGAGGCAGAGUCCUUGGAAAAGGAGAAAGUUAAGGAGCAACAGAAAGAGGUGGAUGGGAACAAAAGUGGCGACACUGAAGAGCUUUCAUCCAGAACAAAAGACACGUCACAGAAGACAGACGAGAGCAACACCAAGGAGGAGGAUAGGAGAGAGUCAACAGAGCCUUCAGCUGCUGCACCAGAGGAGAAGAAAUCCCAGGAGGAUAGUAAGGAGGAGGCAAAACAAGAAGCUGCAGUUACAGAAAAGAAACCAGAGGGAGAGAGGGAGGAAAAGGAGAAAGAAAAGCGGGACGAAACGCGAACGACUACAGAAGCAGCAGAAGCCAGAGAUAAAACCGAGGCGUCUGACCUGAAGAGAGAAGAGGUCAAAGGUGAGAAGGACGCCGGGAUCAAAGUAGCAAAGGAAGAGCCGACGACGAAGGGUAAUGGGAAGCCUCAGGCUGAGCGGCCGCGCUUCAUGUUCAACAUCGCCGAUGGCGGCUUCACAGAGCUGCACACUCUCUGGCAGAACGAGGAGCGGGCCGCCAUCUCCUCUGGGAAGAUGAACGAGAUCUGGCACCGUCGACACGACUUCUGGCUCCUGGCGGGAAUUGUGGUACACGGCUACGCCCGUUGGCAGGACAUCCAGAACGACCCGCAGUUCGCCAUCGUCAACGAGCCUUUCAAGUCGCAGGCAAACAAAGGGAACUUCCUGGAGAUGAAGAACAAGUUCUUGGCUCGACGUUUUAAGCUGCUGGAGCAGGCUCUGGUGAUCGAGGAGCAGUUGCGGCGGGCUGCUUAUUUAAACAUGACCCAGGACCCGAGUCACCCAGCCAUGGCGCUGAACGCUCGCUUUGCAGAGGUGGAGUGCCUGGCGGAGUCGCACCAACACCUUAGCAAGGAGUCGCUGGCAGGAAACAAGCCAGCCAACGCUGUUCUGCACAAAGUGUUGAACCAGCUGGAGGAGCUGCUGAGCGACAUGAAGGCCGACGUGACCCGGCUGCCUGCCACGCUGUCCAGAGUCCCGCCCAUCGCCGCCCGCCUGCAGAUGUCCGAGAGGAGCAUCCUCAGCCGGCUCGCAAGCAAGGGCACCGAGACGCACACGCCUCCGCCCAUACCUCCAGGACCCUACGCCACCCCUCAGAACUACGGCGCCCCCUUCACCCCGGCGCCGCCCAGCGCUCUGCACAUGGGAGGAGCCAACUACAGCCAGAUGCCGCCGGGAUCCUUCAUAUCAGAAGCCGCCGCCGCUGCCACUGCUGCUGCUGGGGCCACCGGGGGAGCCGCUGGUGGAGCCGCAUGGGGUUCGACUGCCGCCGGGGUUUUCCAGAAGACCAAGGAGCACGAUGUGAUGCAGCGGCAGCGAGUGGUGGACCUCUGGAAAGACGGCAAGUCAGAGGGAGCCAUCGGGCUGGAGCUGAGGAUGCCCAAAUCCACCGUGCACAGCAUCAUUGUCAAGUAUCGGCUUAGCAACACGGUGGAGAACCUGCCCCGCAACGGGCGACCAAAAAAGCCCUGACGGAUGGAGAAGGGGGGACGGUUCUGGAAUGUAGCUAAAAACUGGAUUUAAAAAACAUGAACAAGUAAGACGAAGCUCCAAAGAAGACCUUACAACAAAGCACUUAGGCACUGCUGGAAUGUGAGAUGUAUAAAGACCGAAAUCUUAAGAAAAUAUAGAUGCUGAAGGAUUAAAAAAGCAAAACAUGAAAAAAGGACAGCACUUUGACCCACAAAAGAAGGCAAGCAAUCAACUGCUUUGAAGAGUGGACCAAAAAUAAACAGGGAGAGAUAAAGGGUGCUGCUGAGAAAAAAAAAAAAA